CGCAUCCCACUACACCUCACCAGCAGUCCAGAACCCGGUUCCCCACCGAGUCGACCCUGGACAAGGUCGAGGGCAACAGAGAAAACAGGGAACACCGCAUCACACCUACAACAACAACACCGCCGCCUGCCAACAUGAACCACCAUCACCACACGCAGCAGCAGCAGCAACAGAAAGCCGGCGAGCAGCAGCUCAGUGAACCGGAGGACAUGGAGAUGGAAGCUGGGGAUACAGAUGAUCCUCCAAGAAUCCCCGCCAACCCAGUGAUCAAUGGUAACGUGGCCAUGGCAGAUGGACACAACAAUACAGAGGAGGACAUGGAGGAUGACACUAGCUGGCGGUCGGAGGCGACCUUCCGGUUUGUGGUGGAGCGCUUCAGCCGCCUGAGCGAGUCAGUGCUCAGCCCGUCCUGCUUUGUCCGGAACCUUCCCUGGAAGAUAAUGGUGAUGCCGCGCUUCUAUCCUGACCGACCACACCAGAAGAGCGUGGGCUUCUUCCUGCAGUGUAAUGCAGAGUCAGAUUCCACGUCAUGGUCUUGCCACGCACAGGCCAUGCUAAAGAUCAUUAACCACAAAGACGACGAGAAGUCAUUCAGCCGCAGGAUCAGUCACCUGUUCUUCCACAAAGAGAACGAUUGGGGUUUCUCCAACUUUAUGUCCUGGAGUGAUGUGACCGAUCCAGAGAGGGGCUUCAUCGACGACGACAAAGUUACAUUUGAAGUCUACGUCCAGGCAGAUGCCCCACACGGAGUGGCCUGGGAUUCAAAGAAACACACAGGCUAUGUUGGACUUAAGAACCAAGGAGCGACCUGCUACAUGAACAGCCUGCUACAGACACUCUUCUUCACCAACCAGCUACGACGGGCGGUCUACAUGAUGCCCACAGAAGGAGAUGACUCCUCUAAGAGCGUCCCCCUGGCACUGCAGAGGGUUUUCUACGAGCUGCAACACAGCGACAAACCGGUUGGCACCAAGAAGCUCACGAAGUCCUUUGGGUGGGAAACACUAGAUAGCUUCAUGCAACAUGAUGUGCAGGAGCUGUGCAGAGUGCUCCUGGACAACGUAGAGAACAAAAUGAAAGGCACUUGUGUUGAGGGAACAAUCCCAAAGCUCUUCAGAGGAAAGAUGGUGUCAUAUAUCCAGUGUAAGCAUGUGGACUACAGGUCCGAGCGGAUAGAGGACUACUAUGACAUCCAGCUUAGCAUAAAAGGAAAGAAGAACAUCUUUGAGUCAUUCAAAGAUUAUGUGGCAACCGAGCAGUUAGAUGGAGACAACAAAUAUGACGCAGGAGAACACGGGCUGCAGGAAGCAGAAAAGGGAGUGAAGUUCCUUACCUUCCCUCCGAUCCUCCAUCUGCAGCUGAUGAGGUUCAUGUACGACCCACAGACUGACCAAAACAUCAAGAUCAAUGACAGAUUUGAGUUUCCAGACCAGUUACCUCUGGACGAGUUCCUCCAGAAGCCAGACUCAAAGGACCCAGCCAACUACAUCCUCCACGCUGUGCUAGUCCACAGCGGGGACAACCAUGGCGGUCACUACGUCGUCUAUCUUAACCCCAAAGGAGACGGCAAAGUGAGUGUCAAGGAUCCAAUAUGGUGCAAGUUUGAUGAUGACGUAGUGUCACGAUGCACCAAGGAGGAGGCCAUAGAACACAACUACGGCGGACACGACGAUGACCUCUCCGUCCGCCACUGCACCAACGCGUACAUGUUGGUCUACAUCCGUGAGUCCAAGCUCAGCGAGGUGCUCCAGCCGAUGACCGAUGUGGACAUCCCCCAGCAACUGGUGGAGCGUCUGCAGGAGGAGAAAAGGGUGGAGGCACAGAAAAGGAAGGAACGCCAAGAGGCUCACCUCUACAUGCAGGUCCAGAUGGUGACCGAGGACCAGUUUUGCGGUCAUCAGGGCAACGACAUGUACGACGAGGAGAAAGUGAAGUACACGGUCUUCAAGGUCCUGAAGAGCUCCACGCUGCAAGAGUUUGUCCAGAACCUCUCCCAGACCAUGGGUUUUCCACAGGACCAGAUGAGGCUCUGGCCCAUGCAGGCCCGUAGCAACGGAACCAAGCGACCUGCCAUGCUCGACUACGAGGCCGAUUGCAACAAGUCGAUGAUCGACUUGAGUGACAAUGAGAACCCCUGGACAAUAUUUUUGGAGACUGUAGAUCCAGAGAUGGCAGCCAGUGGGGCCACGUUACCCAAGUUUGAUAAAGACCAUGAUGUCAUGUUGUUCUUGAAGAUGUAUGACCCCAAAACCAGAAGCUUAAAUUAUUGUGGACAUAUCUACACACCUAUAUCCUGCAAAAUAAGAGACCUGCUGCCAGUCAUGUGUGAGAGAGCAGGAUUUCAGCAGGAAACUAGCCUUAUCCUCUAUGAGGAAGUAAAGCCCAAUCUAACAGAGCGGAUACAGGACUAUGAUGUCUCUCUGGACAAGGCCCUGGACGAGCUCAUGGACGGGGACAUCAUUGUCUUCCAGAAGGAUGACCCAGAGAACGACAGCAGCGAGCUGCCUACGGCCAAGGACUACUUCCGGGAUCUCUACCACCGGGUGGACGUCAUUUUCUGCGACAAGACCAUCCACAAUGACCCCGGCUUUGUGGUCACACUGUCGAACCGCAUGAACUAUUUUCAGGUGGCUAAGACUGUAGCGCAGAGGUUGAACACAGAUCCCAUGCUACUGCAGUUCUUCAAGUCACAGGGGUACAGGGACGGUCCAGGGAAUCCUCUCAGACACAACUAUGAGGGAACGCUGCGGGACCUGCUGCAAUUCUUCAAGCCUCGGCAGCCCAAGAAACUCUACUACCAGCAGUUAAAGAUGAAGAUAACAGACUUUGAGAACAGGAGGAGUUUUAAAUCCAUAUGGCUCAACAGCCAGUUCAGAGAGGAGGAGAUUACUCUUUACCCUGACAAGCACGGCUGUGUGCGGGACCUUUUGGAAGAAUGUAAAAAGGCUGUGGAGCUGUCUGAAAAUGGCUCUGAGAAGCUCAGGCUGUUAGAGAUAGUAAGCUAUAAAAUCAUCGGAGUUCACCAGGAGGACGAGCUGCUAGAAUGUUUAUCUCCUGCUGCCAGCCGCACCUUCAGAAUAGAGGAGAUUCCUUUGGACCAGGUGGACUUGGAUAAGGACACUGAAAUGCUAAUCCCUGUUGCUCACUUCCAUAAGGAGGUCUUUGGCACCUUUGGGAUUCCCUUCUUGCUCAAGAUCAGACAGGGUGAGUCGUUUCGGGAGGUGAUGAGGAGGAUCCAGACCAUGCUGGACAUCCAGGAGAAAGAGUUUGAGAAGUUCAAGUUUGCAAUUGUGAUGAUGGGUCGGCAUCAGUACAUCAAUGAGGAUGAGUACGAGGUCAACCUGAAGGACUUUGAACCACAGCCAGGUAACAUGUCCCACCCGCGCCCCUGGCUAGGGUUGGAUCAUUUCAACAAAGCUCCAAAGAGAGGUCGCUACACCUACCUGGAGAAAGCAAUCAAGAUCCACAACUAAAGCAGCCCCCACCCCCACCUUCUCCCCUGGUCCUCCUCAUCCUCUCCUGCUCCGCCUUCAUCCCUACCUACUUUAACAAACCAUAACCACAGACUGUAACCAACAACCGUGUGUGUGUGUGAUUGUGCGUGAGAAAGACUGAGAGAGAGUGUGUGUGUUCAUCACUUCACCCCGCCUGGACACCUCUACAGCUCUACACCGGCACUAUGUCUUCAGUGAUUGGGAUCUUGCUGCAGCUGAUGGAUUAUUCAACCACAAAAUAAACCGCACCAACCACUGACUGUUUA